ACAGCCCACAGCGUUAGCUCCAACUUUUACACUAGUCAUUAUUUAUAGAUAACCAACCAGCAGCAAAAUACACCCAACACUUCCAAGUGCAAGCAAUGGCGGCAAACACAGUCAACUCACUCACCAUUCUCAUGACCACAUUCUCAUCUCCCAAAGCUUAUUAUUCCAAACCAACACAAUCCUACACCCUUUCUUCACCUCCUCUAACUGCUUUCCCUUCACGCCAGACCCUCCUACUGCGGUGCCACCGGCCUCGCCGGCCGAAACGCAGUGAUUCUAUUUUGGUCCACGCCGGGCCUCCCUCAUCUUCCACCCUCAUCCUCGCAUUCGUGCUGCCUCUCUCUCUUCUUAUCGGCACCAUCCUUGUCUCCAUCCGCAUUGCUGAUGAUCUUGAUGAGAAGUUCGUUAAGGAGCUUCUCAUGAAUGAAGCAAUGGCGCAAGAGGAAGAGUACGGGGUUGAAGAUGCGGAAGACGAUGAUGAUGAUGAUGAUGAAGAAGAGGAUGAUGAGAAUGACGAUGCGCCGAGAGUGCUGGAACUGGAGGAAGUGGCGGCUCCGGCGACUCCGCGAGUUCGAAACCGUCCUAAAAAAGAAAUUUGAGAACCAAUCCAUGCAUUUGCAAUUUCUUUCUCUAUAAAUAUGUGUGUGUUUGAAUUUUAAGAGCAAUUUGUGGAGUGUGUGUAAUUUGAAGGUGUUCGUAGUUGAGUUUGUAUGCAUUUUAUAAAAAAUGCGCACUGAUGAACAUUCAUGAACUGGAUUGAUGAUUUUAAUUCUUGAAGC